GCGCUGCACUUCCGCUUCUGUCCAGCAGAUGUCUCCCGCCUCUCCUCGCGAGCUUCCGCUCCCCGCAGUUCCCGCUCAUACUGGCGCGUCCGUAGUAACGCUCUGGGGGCGGAGCCGGAGAGGUGAGUGAGGUGUAGGACGGGGCAUGGAGGAGGAGGAGACGGCCGCUUUGGAAACGGAGAAACCGGAGGUACCGGACGGAAGUAGCCUAAUUGCCACCACACCUCCAAUUUCACACUUUUGUCUCGUGGAAGAAGACGUGAGUCAGAGCAGCAGCCCUGGAACCCACAUCUCCAGUACCAGCGGCAUUUCUCUGGGGGAAGCCAUCCGGCAGUCUGCCAGUAAGGGUAUGGAGUCCUGGUACCAGCUGCCAGCUGAGGAGGAUGCCAGUAGCUUUAUGCCGCCAUUUAACGAGACAGGGGCUUUCGCCAACCAGACGGAGUUCCCCACGAUAGAGGAAGGAACUUUACAUUCAGAACCAGAUGAGACAAAAGGACUUACUCUGGGCAACAUGCACUCAUUACGGUUUGAGACCCAGGACAGCCGCCUUUCUCCUUGUCUCCCACUUCUGAUUUCUACCUCCACUCAGGGGCACAAGAUUUUUGAUGAUACCCUGUACCAGCAGACUGAAUUGGAUUUUGCACCUUUGAGUGCUUCCCUUGAUAUAUCUGAAUUUCCUGGGCAUACAUCAAAGUCCCUGCUAAUAAGCGAUGCAGAAACGCUGACAGCCAAAGAGGUUUCAGAGGAUGUAGUUGGUGAGAACACUACACUGACCAAGAAUCCUCUCCCUUUUAGCACUGAAGGAGACCAUGACUUCACAAACCUGCAUGUUCUAUCACAACACCCAUUGCCUUCUACCCAGGAAGAUGUUGAUUUUGUUCAGUGGUCUCACACUAUUUCUAACAACACAAAAUCUGAACCCUUGCAAGCAGCCUCCUAUAAUAAGCAACCUGCUUCUCCCUUAGAGAAUCUGGACAUGGUGUUCAGCCAAGAAGAUGGUUCUUUCUUGGAUAGUAGCAUUCCAGCUCCUGUGUUACUGGAGCUUUUAGAGAAGGAAGUUGGUAUAUUGGGAAGCAGCGAAGUAUCUUCUACAAAUAGCUCUUCUGAAAAUGUCUCAAACAAAAUAGCAGGAAUCAGGUAUACACCUCAAGAUCUACAUUUAGGGGAGCAAAUGUACUACAAUUCUCAACCUCAAGGGCUUGAUGACUCAGAGAAAAUAUCUGAACAAUAUCUUGUUGAGGGUGAAACCUUUCAAGAUUCCAGCGAAAUAGAUUUUAAUAUUGAAACCUUAAAAGAUGAUGAAAGCCUACAUCCAAAUAAAAACAGAUUCCAUCAUUCUGGAAUAACUUUACGCCUGUCUAAAGGGCCAUCUUCUGUGCCCGGAAAAGAUGAUCUUCAUAAACAGCUUUGUGAUGAAAUUCAGAAACGGUACAAAGAGAGAAUGUUAUUGAAAUCAACUGCGGGUCCAGGUGAGAAGGGGGCCACACACGAUAUAUCUUCUCUGACGAAAGCCUCCACAGAUCUGAACAAAAAUGACACUGUAGUGGAAGUGCAGUCAAGCGUCACCCCAGAUGAGCUGACUGUUUUCUCUCGCUGUAGCAUUGAGAGGGGGCACAAAGAUUCUGAGAUUUCACCAACUGUAAACCCAACAGUAGAGGACAGCUCAUUCAUUGGGCGACUGGCUUAUCCUAUCUCUCAGUCCACUCCCGGAACAUUUACAGGGAUAACUGUCAGAAACAAGCUCACUGACAGACUGAUGCAAAUUAAAGCCAAACUUACAGGGUCUAACAUGUAUUUAACAGAGGAACCCCUUAGUAACACCUCUACAGCACCUGUAUUCACAAAGCCGCAGUCUUUGCAGAGUAGCCAGGAUUAUGCUGAGAGCAACGAUUCUCAAACGUCCCUGUCCCCAGAUAGGCGCAGGAUUCAGUCACUCCCAAGUCUUAACUACAUUGAAAAGGUUGGGUCUUGGAACACCAACCAGUCCUUUGAUGCUUUAGUUCUUCGUGGCUUGACAGGCAUAUCCCCUAAAAAGAAAGCCUAUCAUGCAGUGGCAGACUCCUUAAACCGCAUGCUGUCCAAGCAAUCAGACAGUACUUUGCCAAAAAGCAGACCUUUUACCUUGUCUCGGGGAACGGGGUCCAUGAAUAACUUGACUGCCACCGAGACUGAGCAUUCUGGCAACCCUCAACUUAUUAGGUCCCAGUCUUGUACUACUGUACCAACGAGAAGCACAGAAAGUGCAGACACUGAUACUCAAGGUGCAGUGGUCAUAUCAGUGAAACAGGGCAGCGGCAGGGUCGCUGAAUCAAAUGAUGUGCAGAAAGUUGGUUCUUACAAUUUAGUUCCUCUGGAUUCUUCUCUGGUUUACAAAUCUCUAGAGCAGCCUGUUGAUAAUAAAGAGACUACUGAAAAGCCAAGCAGCGGUCAAGAAAGAACCUCUCAAACACAGCAGCUGAAAGGAGAUGUUGGUAGCAGCACCAUGGCAAUGGAUCGCUUCAGCGAUGUUUCUCCAGAUAAUGAAUUCUUAAGUAGUUCAUGUUCGAGUGGUCACACAAACCAGAUGCAUUCGCUGACUAGUUUAGAAGUAGACAAUUUUGUCCCUCUUUGGCAACCGUCUGUUAAAACACCAGAGGAGCUAAAAGAAAUCAACAUUGAAGAAAGGAUACCGACUUAUCUCCGCAACCUUGGCAUAGACCAGUCGCCCUCCACCAUACUAACACCCUUUGCUCCAAAAGGACCAAUUAGAGAACAUGAGUUUUCACCUUCUGAACUGAGGACAAUAAAAGGGUCGACAGCCACUCCAAACAGAAGCAUGCGUUUUUCGGAAGGAGGCUCUCAGAGUGAAGCUGACAUCUCUCAAUCCAGCGUCUAUUCGACUGCAUCUACAACAAGUGUGUCGAUUCCCAUGGGAUCAGAUGCUGGUCUGGAUUCUCCUUUGCCAGCUGAAAUGUUCUCCCAGUUUAGCUCAAGAUCUACUGGGGAUAGACCAGUUAGCAAGUAUGAUAUGACCAAACGUUUUGGAGAAGAUAAUGAGAAUCUUCAGUCUGGUCUGAAGGAAGUAGCCGUAGGGAUACUGGCCAGUGAGUUUCAGGCUGUGGAUAUCGGUGCAGCUCCACCUUUAUCCAUGGAGCACCAAGGUGGCAUGGAAAAUGCUGAGUCGUUAAAUAUGGUUAAGCAACUCCUUGAUCACUUUAAAUGUAAAACUAUUAGUCCGGAUCAGCAUUUCUCCAAUACAUCUGACAUUGAAGCUACAGAUUUCUUAGGCAUGGCAUCAGUAUCUGUGACUCCUUUGCAGAAGCCAGCCUCGGCAGCUUCUAUUGGCUCGGUAGCCGGGAUCCCCAUGCAGAAUCCAGCCUUAGACGAUUCAUUCAGCUCAGUAGCAGGGAUCCCUAUGCAGAAUCCAGCCUCAGCAGAUUCAUUCAGCUCAGUAUCUGGGAUCCCCAUGCAGAAGCCAGCCUCAGCAGAUUCAUUCAGCUCAGUAUCUGGGAUCCCCAUGCAGAAGCCAGCCUCAGCAGAUUCAUUCAGCUCAGUAUCUGGGAUCCCCAUGCAGAACCCAGCCUCAGCAGAUUCAUUCAGCUCAGUAUCUGGGAUCCCCUUGCAGAAACCAGCCUCAGCAGAUUCUUUCAGCUCAGUAUCUGGGAUCCUCUUGCAGAAGCCACCCAUGGCAGAUUCAUUCAGCUGGGUAGCAGGGAUCCCCAUGCAGAAGCCAGCCUCAGCAGAUUCAUUCAGCUCAGUAUCUGGGAUCCCCAUGCAGAAGCCAGCCUCGGCAGAUUCAUUCAGCUCAGUAUCUGGGAUCCCCAUGCAGAAGCCAGCCUCAGCAGAUUCAUUCAGCUCAGUAUCUGGGAUCCCCAUGCAGAAUCCAGCCUCAGCAGAUUUAUUCAGCUCAGUAGCAGGGAUCCCCAUGCAGAAGCCAGCCUCAGCAGAUUCUUUCGGCUCAGUAUCUGGGAUCCCCAUGCAGAAGCCAGUCUCAGCAGAUUCUUUCAACUCAGUAUCUGGGAUCCCUUUGCAGAAGCCAGCCUCAGAAGAUAAUUUCAGCUUAGUAUCUGGGAUCUCCACGCAGAAGCUAGCCUCAGCAGAUUCUUUCAACUCAGUAUCUGGGAUCCCUUUGCAGAAGCCAACCUCAGCAGAUUAUUUCAACUCAGUAUCUGGGAUCCCCUUGCAGAAGCCAGCCUCGGCAGAUUCAUUCAGCUCAGUAUCUGGGAUCCCCAUGCAGAAGCCAGCCUCAGCAGAUUCAUUCAGCUCAGUAUCUGGGAUCCCCAUGCAGAAUCCAGCCUCAGCAGAUUUAUUCAGCUCAGUAGCAGGGAUCCCCAUGCAGAAGCCAGUCUCAGCAGAUUCUUUCAACUCAGUAUCUGGGAUCCCUUUGCAGAAGCCAGCCUCAGAAGAUAAUUUCAGCUUAGUAUCUGGGAUCUCCACGCAGAAGCUAGCCUCAGCAGAUUCUUUCAACUCAGUAUCUGGGAUCCCUUUGCAGAAGCCAACCUCAGCAGAUUAUUUCAACUCAGUAUCUGGGAUCCCCUUGCAGAAGCCAGCCUCAGCAGAUUCAUUCAGCUCAGUAGCAGGGAUCCCCAUGCUGAAGCCAGCGUUUCCAGAUUCAUUUGGACUGCCAUCAGUAUCUGGGAUCCCUUUGCAGAUUUUGGCCUCAGCAGAUCCAUUCGGCUCAGCAUCAGUAUCUGGAAACCCCUUGCAGAAGCCUGCCUCUGCAGUUUCAUUUAACUUGGGGUCCAUAUCUGGUAUCCCUUUGCAAAAUUCAGCUUUGGAUUCUGUAAAUGAUUCUUUUGUUGGUGCAAAGACUUUGAAUGAGAUACGCAAACUGCUGGCAGAAGCUGACACUGUUGGUUUGAAUGAGUCCGGUAAUAGCUACGCGGCUUCUCAGGUUAAAGGCAUUUCUGGCUCUUCUUCACCAAUGUGGCUGAAAUCAGGUGACUCCAUAGCUUCUGCUGCAUUGGAAAGCAGGUUUACAAACCUGAAAGAUGAUCGAUUGCCAGAGCUAUCAUGGGAUGCCUCUCGAAACAGCAGCCUUAAAUUUGACAAAGAUUCACAAGUAAAUGUGGGUUGGGAUGAUUCUCUAGCCAGCACUGACCAAUUUAAAUAUAGCAUUGAUUUGGAAAACAAAAUAGAAGGCCUAAACCAAAGCAUUCCACAGUUAAAACAAGAAAGUCUUUAUGAGAGAUCUGAGCCUGAAGGUGAAGUGAUGACUGUUAAUAAGGUGCAAUUUUAUUCUCCCUUUCGUGAUGGCACAAGAAACAAUAAAGCCAGCACCAGUUCUGGAGCCACUGAAUGCAACUCAGGCCUUCCUCGAAAUGUUACAAGUGUCAUAGGAGGUUUGGAAAAAGCACUGGCCAUGGCUGCUCUGUCCUAUGGACGAGUAACAGAGGAGGUGACAGAAAGUGAUGACAGCACCGCUGACUCUCUAGCUGGACGAGUGAAAAGUCUGCUAAAGAAAGAUGCACCAUUGAUGCACACAACACAGACCAGUAGUGAUGGGGGUGAGACAAGAACACGCGCUUCUGUGCAGCUGAAACUGGCCAAUCGUUCUUCCAUUACAGAGACAAUCCUAAAUGAGGAGGAUAGGAGACGUAUAGAACAGAUUAAGAGAGAGUUAAUGGAGGGGGCAAAGGAAUCACAGCUGGAGCAGAAUGCCUCCCAUGUGAAUGCUGACAGGAUGGCAUGUGACCUAUGGCUGAAGUCAGAACCGUUUUAUUUAUGCCCGACUCCAUCACCUGACCUCAGUCAAAGCAAUCCGAGGACACAGCCUGAGGUGAUCGAAAACACUCUGGAACAGUUGGCGCCGUUUACAGCUACUGGAACAUUCUACAAAGGGAAUGGUGAAACGUCUGUGAAAGAGAAGUCUGGCCUGUUGGGAGAGUUCAUUGUGCCACUGCAGCUGACAGAUUUGCACUGUACAGAAGCCACACAGGGGAAAUUGAGCCAGCAGGAGGCUCCUGUUAGUCCAAAGUCAAGUCUGGAAUUCUCCAAGCCGGUAAAAUCCAUUACCUUUUCAUCACACAAACGCAGCUCCCCUCUUUCCCUUUCCUCCAGUUCAGAAAGGGGGUCUCCCGCAGAAAUUUCCUCUGCUGUGCAAGCACGCACUUAUGAUGGGGCUGAUCCUAAUAAAUUGACCCCCACUGCAACAGCCGAGUGGAUCUCAGACAACUGCACAGCUGUACUGGAUGCCCAACAUACACCCGUCUCCCAGCUGGAACAUAGACAUUGGCAACAGAGUCCCAGCCCUGACUCAUCAGAAUGCGGCCAUCAUGCACAGAGCAGUUUUGCACUAAGCACUGAGAAUGAGAGCAGCCCUGAACAUCCAGGCAACAUUAUAUCUCUGGCACCAGAAAUCACUACCCACAGCCUCCCUGAUUUCAUUCAGGUUGUUCCUCUGUCUGUUUCCUUAAAUCAGAGCUUCCAUUCAGGCCAUGCAGAUAGACAACGUCCAGAUUUUACAGAAGAGAAUGAUGAGAGAGUCCAUUUCUCUGCAGAGCCUUUAACUCCAUCCAGUUCCAGUCCAACUGCUUCAUCUCCAGCUAGAAAAGCCAUAUCUUGUGUUCAUGUUCAAAUCUCCCCCAAACAGGAGGACUGCAAGAAACUUGAUUUUGGGCCGAAGCUCUCCAGUGGCUCUGCAUGGGUUAAUGACGUGGCUAAUGGCAAGCUCCAGUCAGAGGAACCUGAUCUCUCCGCAUCACGUGCUACAAACUUGCAGGGGAAGGAGGGGGCAUUAAUAAAACAAGAUUGUGUUGAUGAAGAACUGAUAUCAUCUUCCCCACAGUUUCACACAAAGCCAAGUGGCAGUGGCAUUCAAUUACUUGCGAGUACCCUCACUACACCAGAGAGAGCAGCAACUGUGCAGUUCAGCCGCAUUCCCUCACAUGAUGCAACCACACAGAUAACCACGGAGAGCCCAGCCAUAACAACCUUCUCUGCAGAGAUCUUUAUUGACAGUAGAGAGAAGGAUAUAAUAUCCACGUCAGAUGUAACGGCCAGAACGACUCCAUAUUGUGCGCAUCUCUCCCCUGCGACUGAUCAACCUUUGCUCGUGCCUUAUAGACCUCAUGGGAGUCCUGAGUUUUACUAUGUUCCCUAUACUGAUGGAUUAUCCAGGUUCUCUCCUGUCAGCACCAUAGAGAGCUCCCACACAGGCUCCAAUGAUGCAGUUUCCCCCAAAUUUCCAGUGGAAGUCCUGGGCUCAGGCACAGACCGCCUGCCUGAUUCAGCAAUGGUGUGGCAUAAGGAAGGCAUCUACAGCAAAGGCCCCAGCCCCAAACUAGCUUGGGAAGGAAGCACAGCACCACAUAAGGCAACUGCUUUGGAGACUUCACCAAGAAGGUCGGCUGUGCGACAUGCACUGGAGAAAGAGUCAGAGCAUCAGAUGGGUUCAUAUGGUAAAGCACCUUAUACUGCUCUUACACAAAGAGACUUGCAUCAUGAACUUAGUUCCAGGUUAGAUCGUGAGCGAGAAAGACCUUUCCUUUUUUCCAGCCAGACUGAGGAAAAUGUAUUCUUCCCCUUAAAGCCAGAAAUAGAUUUCAGCAGAGAACAGCAAUGUGAUGACGCCACCAGCCUGAGGCGAAACAAUCCAGCUGAAAGUUCUGUGCUAAGAAAAACUAAAAGUCUUUUUGCUCCUUUUUCCAAGAGUUUUCAGAGCCCAGAAGUCACUGGGAGGAGAUCAGAGUCUGGGCAGGUCUCUGCAUAUACACUUGACGGCAAUUCUAUCAGUGAUAAUGGUGAGCAUUCCCUUACUAGUGCUCGCUACAUUUCUGAUGGACAUAAACAAUUGCACAAGUCCCAGUCGAAUUUGAAUCAGAGUGAUGUCUCCCAGCAGAGCUUGGAUGAUCUCUGGGCUCGUUACACAAACAGGAAAAAGCUUCAGCAGUCGGUAACCAUGAACAAUCAUGAGCUUUCUCUGAUGGAGAGGCUACAUCGCCUGGCCAGGCUGUUUCACAAUUCCUCCUCUCAACUCUCAGCAAAGGAUGAGCCACUUCCUGACCCAGAGCAAAGCAAGAACCAUGUGAAAGAGAGAAUCUGGGAAGACAGUGGCAGAAAAGCAGAAAGAUGGAAUGUCAAGAAGCAUUCUGGAAUGAACCUGAGUGUAAGGAAAGGAUAUUCACUGAAUGAGAUGGAGGUUAUGGAUCCAGCUGAUAAGACAUCUGUAGGCUUAGACUUCUACCCACUGCUCCGUAACAACAAAUCAGACAGCACUCCUUCCGAAACAGAAAUGGCAACGCAAACAGGCAGUGAGGUGGCGACACAGACAUCCGAAUCGAGCUCUGUAGCCACUCUCACAGUAUCCAGCUCUAUAUCUACCAUAGACACAGCGCGCCUUAUAAACGCCUUUGGUCCUGAAAGAGUCUGUCCCUCAUCCCGGCUCUUCCACUUGUAUAACGCCAUCGACCUUCAGAAGAGACGCUCGGAAGAAAACAAAGGAAUGCACAGCAGAACAGACACUGGGGAAGUUUACCGAAGCUCACAUAAGACCCCAGACUCUGCAUCUUCUGUCUCCACGUCUGAAAAAUCUUGGCAACCAAGACCAGCCCUCAAAAGCAAAAAGAGCAGCAAAUACUUGAACAAAGGUGUCCAGGCAGGAAAUCUGGAAAUUGUGAAUAGUGCUACAAAGAAAAACACAAGGGAUGUUGGCACAGUUUUUCCAUCACCGAGAGGGUAUGCCCAUAAACCUCACACCCAGGGACACAUCCAGAGGGAAGAGCGUUCCUGGUGCAGCAAUGCCUUUACUCAGCAAAGUGGGAGGAACAGACAGGGCACAGCACAAGGGCUGAGUUGGUUUGUUCCAGCUGAGAACUUGAAAUCCGACUCGAGAAAAGAGAAUAGGUCUGACAUCAAGAAAGCCCCCAGUGCAAGUUGGUACGAGCCUAUGACCAAUACAAAGCCCUGGAGGGAGCCCCUGAGAGAGAAGAACAUGGAGGAACAGUUCCUGAAAAGAGUCCAUGGUCAACUGAACAGAUCCCACUUGGAUCCCCCUGAGAACAAGGUGCUGAAGCCAUUUUCCAAAGUUACUCUACAGGAAUCUCUGAAGUCUCACCGACCCGAUUUCAUAUUCCGCUCUCGGGAGCGAGUGAAGCGUUUGCACCUUUUAGCCGAGGAGCGCAGGCUACAGACGGUGUUCCAGAGUGAAAGAGAGAAGCUUUUCAAUCAACCAGUGAAAACCAGCAAGUGGGAGACAGAGCAACAGCUGCAAGACUACAGGUUAAACCAGAAAAACAGAAUGAUCCCUAAGAAAGAAAUGGUCCAGCACUCCAAAAGGAUUUAUGAGCAGCUCCCGGAAGUGAAGAAAAGACGAGAGGAAGAGAAGAGGAGACAGGAAUAUCAAUCCUAUCGGCUGAAGGCUCAGCACUUCCAAAAGGAAGGGAUUGACCAAUCACAGGGUGUGGAGCAGUAGAAUUGUGUGAGGACACACCGCACCCUGUGUCUGUGCCAAGCUAAUGUGGUCUUGCCCUUAAAAGCUCCUAACAGCCACUUAUAGCCGAGAGUGGACUUUUCUCCUGAUCUUCUCCUUGGGGGCACCUGGAGGCAAAGGACAUGUAGAACAUUAGGGGUCCCAUGAACAAUAUUAAACACCCAUGAAUGUACAAUGCGUGGCUCUCUGGUAUCAAAACACAAAUGUGGAGUCUAAAACUUUAUCUAAUUCCCCCCUGGGAUGAAGAACGGCAAUGCCCUGCCUGGAAGGUAAGAGAUCAAGGGAGUAUGGGCUUCAAGACCCUUGGAAUUACAAUUUGGACUGUGGCAAUCUGGUGGCCUUCACAUGGUAGAGUCUGGAGCUUUAAUAAAGUCAGUCCAAGAGACUUUUGGGAAGGAGGAAAGUAAUAAACGCAAAUUUACUCCAGGCAUCAUAACCCAUAGCACCCAGACAGAUGGUUCUCUUCAAACAGAGUAGACCAGGGAAUGCUGGCCACUGCAUGGUUGCUAUUUGUUGCUUGACCUGGAUCAAUCUUUGACUCUGUGAUCACAUUUCCCUAAUGGGGCAUCUUCUCCAGUCUUGUUCCCCAGCAGAACAAUACAAUGGUGAAAUGGUAAAGCCCCUGGCAUAAUAAAGUACAGCACUGGCAAUUCUUGGAAAGGGCAAAUUUUGAAACUCAUGUACUCUUUUAUAGAAGUUCUUGGUGAGCAUUGAGCAUUGCAAGUACUAGAGAGUCACAGGUUGGCUAAGUCUGAAAUAGUACCAAUAUCUUGUCCUGUUGUCUCUGGCUCUCCUGCUGUCACCAUGUCAUACUGUGUCAUCACCACUUUGCCAACUCCAUCUUUUGUAACUGUCCCCAUCUUAUCCUAUUAAAUGUACCCAUCUUGUCCUAUUGCCUCUCGCUACCCAGACUGUCCCCAUCUUGCCCUACUGUCUCUCUCUAUCCAUACUUUC